AAAAUCUCCAACUCUCUUCUCCUUGGAUAAGAGAAGUAUCCAGAAGCCUUCACUUCCACUGAUCCAUCCUUCUAAUAUUCCCAUAACCAUCUCACAAACUCACUCCUCAUCUCCAAGCCCCUCCGACCAAUGGCGGCGACAAUGGCAACAUCAGCCACAUGCAUGUCCCUAAACCCAUCUCCUCCUAAGUCCCCAAACCAAAGCAAACCCAUCUCCUCAUCAAAACCCUUCAUCACCCUCCCAACCCCACCAAAACCCACCGUCUCUCUCGCCGUCACAAGCACCGCCCUCGCCGGCGCCGUCUUCUCCACCCUCAGCUGCUCCGAACCCGCUUUCGCCGCCCACCAGAUCGCCGAGCUCGCGGCAGCAGGAGGUAGCGACAACCGUGGACUAGCUCUACUCCUCCCGAUCGUCCCGGCGAUCGGAUGGGUGCUCUUCAACAUUCUCCAGCCGGCUCUCAACCAGAUCAACAAGAUGCGCGAGAGCAAAGGAGUCGUCGUGGGUCUUGGCAUCGGCGGUGGUCUCGCUGCGUCAGGGAUUUUGACUAUGCCGCCGGAGGCCUCGGCUAGUGUGGUUAACGAGAUGGCGGCGGUGGCGGAAGCGGCGGCGAAAGGGGGAGACAACAGGGGACAGUUGCUGUUGUUCGUGGUUGCACCGGCUCUGCUUUGGGUUCUUUACAAUAUAUUGCAGCCUGCUUUGAACCAACUCAAUAAAAUGAGGUCUGAGUGAUGAUCAGUCUUAUUAAUAAUAUAUAAUCAUCGUUGGGAUUCAAAUGUAAAAUUAAUCCCUUGUUUUAUGGACAUAUCCUUUGUUAUAUCUCGCCCACUAUAUACUCGAUGUAUCUGCAAUUAGGUUAGCUCUUGUAAGUUUUCAAGCGCCAUCACUUUUCUUUAUGCGAUUUUGGUGUUUCAAAUUCA